AUGGCAAAAACACGACUUGAAGAUGUCAAUUGGUUGCUAGAACUCCACCAAGACUUGCCAUUUCGACCUUUCAUAUACUCUCUGGAUUCUUCUGCCGAGCCUGGCUGCCUGGCUCCACGCUCAAGAAAAGGCAGAGAAACUGCAGCCUACUUGUCUUAUCUCAUCGACAACUACGACUCGUUACCAGAGUAUUCUGUGUUUAUGCACGCAAAAGACGAGCAAUGGCACAACGACGUCCUCGGACAGAAAGCAGCAGAUACGAUCAAGGCCCUUCGCUUCAAACAUAUCAACGCCACUGGCUUUGCCAACCUACGCUGCACGCUGGUUCCUGGAUGCCCACUCGCAGUAAAUCCUUUAGAUCCUACAGAGCAAGACAUUCGCAACAAGGAUACAAGAGCUUUCUUUGCAGAAAUCUAUAUGGAGCUGUUCGAUGUGACGCGCGAGCAAAUACCGCGGCAUAUUGGCAAUGUCUGCUGUGCACAAUUUGCUGUCACUAGGGCUCGCAUACUUCAGCGACCGAGGUCGGAUUAUGAGAGAAUGCUCAGAUGGGCUGACCAGAGUCGCGAGGGUGACUUUGCAGUGGGUUGGGUGUUUGAAAAAGUUUGGGAUCUCAUUUUUGGGAUGGAUGCGAUAAAUUGCCCAAAUUAUGAGCAAUGUCGCUGUGAUAUGUAUGGUUGGUGUGGGCCCUUAUCCUCGGGUGAAGUAUUAAAACCUAGUUUCACUUGA